AUGGAUAUAAGCCCUUUCCCACCGCCACACAAGCCGAUGCUGUACUGUACCGACUCUCCACCGAACGAGAUGGCCCCUCCAUACCUACGAGCUAGCAAAAAUGUGAACAAUACGCUUGUGUCACCUCCUGCGCCAAACGUCCAGUUGCCAGCUAUCGUCUGCACACCUGUUCGACCUGCUCCGAAGCGUCCAGUAAAUCUAACGCUGGACUCGCCCAUACCGGUACCAGCAGACGCAACUGUUGCUUCCGAAUACGUACCUAUGAACCCUCCAAAAGCCAUGAAAAUUGCUCAAAAGGAAGACGAUCUUCGUUUGCCAGCGAUUUCUUUGAAUCGUCUCAAGAUCAGUGAUCCGAUUCCACUGAUAGUUGCAGGCAAGGCAGUUAAUGUUCAAGCGAAGAGCCCUCCAAAUACCUCUGCUCAUGAAAAACCUUCACAGACUUUUAUUGCCACCUUAGAAGACACACUUCGAGCACAGACUUUGGGUCGAAACGCCAAGCUUUCACCUGGUUUGAAAAAUAAGGCGUUGCCAAAACCUCCGGUGCCUGACAGGUCAGAAAAACCUGCGUUACGCAUUCCCAAGGAUUCACCCAAGGAAAGACUUUACGACGUGCCAGCGGACUCAUAG